AUGGCUAAAUCACGUCCACCAACAACCGGGUCACUCUUCCAAUAUCUGUUUCUCGCCCUUGGGGUAUUAUCAACAGCCACCCUCGCCGCCCCUCCCGCCCUCCCGCCAAUACCGACCAUAACCCCCCCACCAACCCUCCUUGUCCCCCGCCAAAACGACCCCCAAAUUCAAUCCCUCUCCCAACAACUCUCCGCCCUAUCCCAAUCCUCCCGCGAAAUCUCCCAAUCGUCCCAACAACUCUCCAUCACGUCAGCCCAGCUGCUAAACUCAGUCCAGCAGCUCUCCUCCCGUCUCACCCAAACAGAACAGUCGGUCAAUGCGCUCCGGCAGUCGGUGAACAACGCCGAGCAAGCCUCCCGCUCGUUAUCACAGCAGGUAGCUGAGGUUUCGCGAAGCGCAGACCGUCAGAUGAGUGAGCGGUUGCAGAGGGCGAGCAUGACGAUGGUGGAGAAUAUGAGCGCCAUGUCGGUUCAGAUGGAAAGCAGUUUCUCCCGGAGGCUGGCGCAAGCGUCUAGGAGCGCGGUUGCUUUGGCGCAGGGACGGGUUGUGCAGGAGGGGGAGGAUAGGGGGUUGGAGACUGGGUUUGGGGUUCCCACCUCAACAGCGGUGCCGGAACCGGUGCAAGGGAUGAGAACGGAGGUUGUGAUCGGGGCUGUGGUUGGGGGGGUGUUGGGGUCAAUGGUGUUGAGUGUGGUGGGGGUGUUUUUUGGGUUGAAGAUACGGCAGCGACAGCAGAAGCAGGGGAGGUUGGGGCCCGGGAUUGGGAGUGAUGUUUUUUUUACCGGGGGGGGAGGGGGGAAGAUCAAAGGAGGGAGUCCGAAUAUUGGGGCGCCGGUACUGCAGUCUACGUCGAAUAAGGCGUAUGCUAGUGUGGGUUUGGGGCCGGAAGGGUUGCAGGUUGGGGGGGAGAACAAGGAGAAGGAUGUGGGAAAGAGGGUCAGUGAUGUCAGUAGUGUCUACUCUUCUGACUUGGACGACGACGAAAAGGAGCUGCUUAAACAGCAGCAGCAGCCGUCACCUGCUACACUGGCAAGAAACGCGCCGGAUCUGAGGAGGAUGGUUUUGGAAAGGUCGGGGACUACCAUCUCGAGAAAGUCGGUCGGGGGUCCAAAGGUUGGGUUCGCGAUGAGUUAUUACUCCCCUGACUCGACGACGAUGCCACCACCUCCAAAGGCGGUCGGGACGGGGGUGAUCAAGAAGGCAGGGGGGCAUAAUGAUAAUGAUAAUAAUUCUGUGAUGAAGGUUAUGACGCCUACGGCAACGACGAUUGUCAAGACGGGGGGAAACAAGACGAGGCAGAUGAUGAAGGGGUUUCAACUGAGUCAGCCGCCGCCGGGAAAGCUGAGUUUGUUCCCGAGGAGUGAUGGGGGGAGUAGUGGGGGGAGUAGUCCUGUGGAUGAAGAGGAUGGGAAGGGGACGCCGAAGAGGUUGGAGAGCUGGUUGAGGAGGGAGAGGGAGGUUGUUAGUCCUUUUGCUACGGCUGCUCCGGGGAAGAAGUAA